AUGCCUCAGCAGGUGCCCAAGCUAAUUGACAUCGACCAGACAGGGUUCAUCAAAGGAAGAUUCAUCUCCGAGAACUUUGUAUUUGCAACGGAGCUGGUUCAAUGCUGCUACAAGAGGAAGGCCCCCACAGUCGUCAUCAAGCUGGACUUUGCAAAAGCGUUUGACUCUGUCAAUUGGGAGAGUCUAGACGCAGUCCUCCAGGCCCGUGGCUUCCCCAGGCUGUGGCGUAGCUGGAUGCAGCAGCUGCUGGCAAGCUCGCGCUCGGCGGUCAUGGUCAAUGGGAUCCUCGGCCCAUGGAUACGUUGCCGCCGAGGACUUCGCCAGGGAGACGCACUAUCUCCUUACUUGUUCCUGCUCGUGGCUGAUGUUCUUCAAAGACUGAUCAAAGCAGAUGACAAUAUCAGGCACCCGCUAAUGGAAGGCUCCUGUCCAAUAUUGCAAUAUGCAGACGACACGAUCAUCCUGAUACGAGGUGACCCUGGAGAUGCAGCCCGGCUGAAGCACACACUGGACCUGUUCUCGGCAGCGACAGGCUUAACCAUCAACUUUGAUCGAAACACCUAG